UUGUGCUUAUAAGAGACGUCUUUGCAUUUGCCGCCAAUGAUUGUAAUGAGACAUAAUUACUCGAAGAGGGUAUGCAUGAAGUCGUGGGAUUCCAGUUUGUUUAUUUUUUUUGCACAUUUUUACCAAACGAAUCAGGAGGCAACGCGCAUCCUGUGGUCACCAUGGCCAGCGGCAAGGUGCGAGGAAUGGUGCAGUACACAAACGACCUGCCGGACAAACCUGUCUACACCUUCAAGGGCAUCCCGUACGCAGCGCCCCCUGUCGGAGACCUGCGGUUCCGCGCCCCUCAGCCUGCUGCUCCAUGGGAAGGAGUCAGGGAUGCUACUGAACUGGGACCCUUUUGUCCACAAGACAUGUCUCUGUUCGCUCUCAUUCCCACUAAACUGCCACACACGAUAACCGAUGAAGACUGUCUGACUGUGAACAUCGACACGCCAACACUCGAGGGAAACGCUAGAUUACCGGUUCUGUUGUGGAUCCAUGGUGGCGGACUGAUCCUCGGCAUGGGGGAACAGUUCCCUUACACGUCUGGCGGCUCACCAGGAUGUUGUAGUCGUAACUUUCAACUACCGCGUCGGUCCGUUCGGCUUCCUCAGCACCGGGGACGACAGCGCAACGGGAAAUGUCGGGUUUCUGGACCAAGUGAGUUGAACAAGCCGUUCCAAUUUGAAAAUCUGAACGUAUUCUAGAGAGCGACUAACUUC